AUGGAUACAGUAAAGAGAAAAGUUUUUGCAAACCCUCCUUCAACUAAUGAUGAAGUUCAAAAAUCCAAAGCAAGUUGGUGGAUAUUAGAGCCACUGAAAACUUCAUUAAAGCAUGUUUGGAUCAAGUUACCAAAGGUGAACGUAUUGGUACUAAUUUUACCAAAAAAGGAUGACAAUGGUGGAAUUAUGCGAAAAAUACUUUUGAUGCACCUGAUGAGUGGUGAGAGAGCAAACAAUUGGAAAACCCUUUAUAUGGAAAAUUUAUAG